AUGCCCGGGGAUAAGGAAGAGACUGACGCAAAGGGAGACAGCUGGCAACAAAGAAAGGAAGAAACGAAGGAGAAGAGGAAAACAGGCAAGAGGAAAAGUAGACAAAGGUGUAAGGCGAGGCAGGCCGACCAACGUAGAGGUGCUAAAGAGGGAAAAGAGUCUAAGUGUGGGAAACAUGUCCAGCAUAGAGGACAUAUGGAAAAGGAAGAGGGAGACAGAAGCAGGGGAAGAGGAGGAGAGGGGAAGAGUGGGGGAGGGGGAGGCAACCAACAAACGGAAGGAUGGAUAUUUAGAGGAAGCAGCCUAAUAGAGAGGUCGCCGGAUAAGAAAAAAGAAAAAAUGGAAGAAGAAGGAGGAAUCGGAGAACUAAAGGAGACGAUAAAAAAGUUAGGAGAAGGCCAAAAAGGUCUGGGGGAAAGGAUUGAAUCAAGCACAAGGGCAUUGGGAAAAGCAGUGAGGGAGGAGAUAGCUGGAAUAAAAGGGGAAAUAGGAAAGCUAAAAGAGGAAAUGAAGAGGAGGGAGGAUAAAUGGCUGGAACAAAAGAAAGACAUGGAUAAGAAAAUAGAAGCGCUAAGAAAGAAAAUGGAGGAGCUUGAGGGAGGGGAAAGGCAAAAGGAAAAUACCAAGUUGAGAAUAAUAGAAGAGAGAAUGCAAAGCCUGGAGAGAGGGUGGGCAGGGAAGUCAAAGGAGGAGAGCGAAAACGAGGCAGUAAAAAUUAAACUAAGAGAACUAGAGAUGAAAUGGGAGUGGAAAGAAAAAGAGCAAAGAAAGAAAAACAUAAUAGUUAAAGGGAUAAAAGUGAAGAGGGAAGAGUUGAAGAAGAGAUCGGAAGAACUGAUGAAAGAGAUCGGAGUAUAG